AAUGUCUCCGGAGAGGGACUCUGUGACUUCCCUGUGCAGCCUGUCCCAGUGCUCUGCCACCCUCAAUGGAAAGAAGUUCUUCCUCACGGUUAAUGGAACCUCAUGUGUUUCAGUUUAUGGGUAUUGCUCCUCGUCUUGUCACUGAGCACCACUGAAAAGAGUCUGGCACCAUCUUUCUUGGCACCACCUCUGAGAUACGUCGACGCAUUAACGAAAUCCCCUCCCAGUCCUCUCCAGGCUGAACAGGCUCAGCUCCCGCAGUCUCUCGUAAGAGGGAUGCUCCAGAGAUGACCGAAGGCUAAAUCUUGAAAACAUGAUUCCUGCAACUGUUCACACUGUCCUGAGUGCUCUGUAUUUAUGCUGCCACAGAAAGAACUGGUUACACUUGGAGGAGAAAAACCGCAGGAAACGCCGAGGACUGAGAUGCGCUUGCAGCUGAAGUGCCCUCAUCAUGAAUAGGUACAAAACUAUCAGACAGCUUGGUGAUGGGACCUACGGCUCUGUUCUCCUAGGGAGAAGCAUUGAAUCUGGAGAGCUAAUAGCCAUUAAAAAAAUGAAGAGGAAAUUUUAUUCCUGGGAGGAGUGCAUGAACCUUCGAGAGGUUAAGUCUUUGAAGAAAUUAAACCAUGCCAAUGUGGUAAAGCUGAAAGAAGUUAUCAGGGAAAAUGAUCAUCUGUAUUUUGUGUUUGAGUACAUGAAGGAAAAUCUUUAUCAGUUAAUGAAAGAAAGAAACAAACUGUUCCCUGAGUCUACAGUUAGGAAUAUUAUGUAUCAGAUCCUGCAAGGGCUUGCAUUUAUUCAUAAGCAUGGGUUCUUUCACAGGGACUUGAAACCUGAAAACCUGCUUUGCAUGGGACCAGAACUUGUGAAAAUUGCAGAUUUUGGCUUAGCCCGAGAAAUCCGAUCUCGACCUCCUUACACCGAUUACGUAUCCACAAGAUGGUACAGGGCUCCUGAAGUACUUCUGAGAUCCACCUGCUAUAGCUCUCCAAUAGAUAUUUGGGCUGUUGGGUGCAUAAUGGCAGAAGUUUACACGCUGAGGCCUCUCUUCCCAGGCGCCAGUGAAAUUGAUACUAUAUUCAAAAUUUGCCAAGUCUUAGGGACGCCAAAAAAGAAUGACUGGCCUGAAGGCUACCAACUUUCAGCUUCUAUGAAUUUUCGCUGGCCUCAGUGUGUACCGAACAACCUAAAAACUCUCAUCCCUAAUGCUAGCAGUGAAGCAGUGCAGCUCAUGAGAGACAUGCUGCAGUGGGACCCCAAAAAGAGGCCAACAGCUAGUCAGGCACUUCGAUACUCAUACUUCCAGGUUGGGCAUGCCUUGGGCAUUCAGGAACUGGGAAAACAAAAGGACCUGCAUAAUAAAUUGUCUCAGCAUAUUAAGCCUGUCCCUCCAGCACAGCCCCCUCUGAAACCUCAUGCUCGAAUUUCAUCAAGGCCUUUUCAGCAAAGCCAGUCUUCUCAGCACGUGGUGUACUCGUGUAAGACAAACAACUCUGGGGCUGAGCACAGUAACUAUGCCCAGGAGGACAAGUCUAACCAGGUUCUUCUGCCUGCAAUACACAAUAAGGCUCCUCAGCAGAAAACAUCUGCUGGAUCUGAGAAUACAAAUGGUGAACUUAAACCAAAACCUAGGCGAAGAUGGGGGCAUCUUCCCAGGACAGUUAAGAGUUCUGAAGACUGGGAUGAUUUGGAAGACCUUGAUUUCAGCUCUUCCAUCAUGAGAAUGGACUUGAAAAACAAGAAGAGGCAGAAUGAUGAAACUCUUUGUAGAUUUGAAAGCAUUUUGGACCUGAAGCCUUUGGAUGCUGCAGGCUCUGGCAGCAGUGCACGAACUUGCCAUGCGACCUUUUUGCGGCAGGACACUCCUACACUGCGAGUUUCUGCAGCAAAGCAGCACUACUUAAACCAUUCUAGGUAUCGACCUGGAAUAAGCACCAGGAAUAGCAUAGUCUCCACUUCAAACAAAGAGUCUGUUCCAUCUAAUCACUGGCCCAGUUCUGAUUUGUCUGGGAAAACCUCUGGUUUGGGAGGAAGUGCUACCAACAGGAUGAAUUCAGGGCCCAUAGGAUCAAGUGGUCUAACAAAUGCUUAUGUCCCAUCAUUCCUGAAGAAGGAAGUAGGUUCUGCUGGGCAGAGGGUUCAGUUAGCACCAGUUGUGGACCCAUCUCCUGAUUUUGCAGCUCUGACGUCGGUCAGGCCCCUUCUCGGGUGGCCGUCGUUCAGCUCACCCACCAAGAGCUCGCCGCGGUUGCUGCCCCUGCCGCCGGCAGCGGAGCCCGUCCACGGCCGCGUUGACUGGGCUGCCAAGUACGGCGCCCCCCGGUGACCUGGGGAGUCCCUCCGAGCACCGCCUGCAGCCCCGGAACGGUGUCCAACGUGGGACAUUCCAUACUGCUUCAUAUACCUGGGCAUUGGAAAGGAGCAGGUCUUACAUGAAUGAGACAUUUUGGAGGGUUUUUACUACUUUGCAUUAAUCUGAAUGCAAUCUUGUACCGUUUUGUAUAAAAAUGUUUUUGUUGUAUACGUGGGUCCAGUUAUUUUCAUAAAAGGGAUGCAUUUUGUAUAUAAGGCUUAGGGUAUUUGGCAUUUUUAUACAGUAAAUUUUUAUAAUGAACUUUUAAAAAAUUUAAAUUUUUUAUGAGACUCAACUUUUUUUUAUAGAAGUGGAUUAAAAAAAAAACGUGGUGCAAUAUUGCAGUGAAGAAGUACUGAGGAAGGGGCAUUCAUUAGACAUUUUCUGAAGUUUUAUGUGCUAAUUGAGGCUGUGUAAUUUCAAGUGAUGCCAUGUCUCAGUGCCACACUUGUGUUGUCCUAUGCUCAUUGCUUCGUACUGACAUCAGAGUGAGUGAGUGAGUGACUUAGCAGUGUAAACUCUCCUUCACAGUCGCUGAGAGGCUGCAAAAAGAUAGUGG